AUGGGUUUGCUUUGUGGAUCAUCUUCAACUUCGAAAAAACCGAUUGAAAAGAAGAUUGUGAUUCUCGGAGAUGGUGCGUGCGGUAAGACAUCUCUGUUGAACGUGUUUACAAGAGGUUACUUCCCCAAGGUUUAUGAACCUACUGUUUUCGAAAACUACAUCCAUGAUAUUUUUGUUGAUAAUAAGCAUAUAACAUUGUCACUUUGGGAUACUGCGGGCCAGGAAGAAUUUGAUCGGUUACGAUCACUGUCGUACUCCGAUACGGAUACUAUAAUGCUGUGUUUCAGCGUUGACUCCCGCGAUUCGCUGGCAAACGUUCAGCAUAAGUGGGUGGGAGAAAUUGCAGACCACUGUGAAGGGGUUAAAUUGGUGCUGGUAGCGCUAAAAUGCGACCUGAGGAAUACAAACAGCGAAACAAACGCUAUAACGCCCGGCAUAAUCAACCAGCAGAGAAGCCAUCAAUCUGCAACCGACCUGGAGUCUUCAAACAGAAAUGUGGGGGGAGCCAAUAAUGAGGGCAGCAGCGAUAACUAUAUAACGUACCAGGAGGGAUUGGCGAUGGCGAAGAAAAUAGGAGCUCUUCGUUAUCUCGAAUGCAGUGCCAAGUUGAACAAAGGCGUUAACGAGGCGUUUACUGAAGCGGCUCGUGUGGUUCUGACUGAAGAUCCAAAGGGAAAGGACGCUGCAAAGGAUGAUGGGUCCAGUUGUACUAUAAUGUAG